AUGUACUCUUCUAAUCGUCCUCAACUUACCUAUCCCCAUCUAAUUGAGGAAAGAAGUCUCGCCUUUCAGAAUGUCGAACGUGGAGGAUCCCCAGUCGAAGCCUUUCUUAACGCCUGGCCUCGUCUGGAACCUCAUUAUAAGAGCAUGGUGGAAAUUUUGAAAAUGGCUUUACAACAUGAACUGAAAGUUAGAUGCACCAUUGCAGCGCGCGUCAAAUCAUUGAGUUCGAUCACAAAGUCGAUUCAGCGGCGAGAGUAUCACCGGGGACAGCGGUAUAGGGAAGUCGACGAGAUAUUUGACGACCUGCAUGAUCUAGCUGGCUUUCGCAUUGUCGUUGAUUACCCAUCUGGCAUCGCAAGUGCCAAAGCCUUCAUCACGAAAAACUUUCAGCUCAAAUCCACAACGUUAUUCAACGCAGAUCGAGAAGUAGACGGUGUUUGGAAACCUACUUUUGGUUCUUUCAAAAGUGAAAACCAUCACGUGCUCUUACAUCCAGAUGCCGGAGAUCCACUGAGUUCGUUCUGUGGUAUUGUGUUCGAGAUACAGGUAUUGAGUUUGGCCGAGGGUUUAUACAAUAGGCUAGCACAUCCUCUUCUCUACAAGAAGUCUUCGGGUCAAUUAUCAGUCAAAGAUCAGAAAAUCAUCGACGUCACACACGGACUUUCUCUCUGUUAUUGGAUAUGCCUUUCAUGUAUGGAGGAUCGUCUUGAAGGCAAGGAAUCAGAGGAAAUACCAAGUCCAAUCCAGGAAGUAGCCCGAUUGGAUGGAAACGAAAAUGCGGAUAUGCUGUCACUUGUGAAAGCUACGCCCUAUUCAAUGCCGCCAUCACGUGGGGAUAUUCCCCUUGAGAGGUGUCUGGAUUCUAUCAAGAAUCUGUCAACCCAAACUAUGUCUUCGGAUCAGCUUCAUGACCGACUGUCUCUUGUCUUGAACAAUCCAACUCAAACAUUCACAACCAACGUCAAUUCAGGAUCCGGUGGUAUCAUGCAGAACUAUGGUUCUGGUAGCAACAACACAUACAACGCAGGGGGUAACAUAACAAUUGGUAAAGAGGAUAUUGACGAUGAGAUUCGUGAUGCAUUCUGGGUUGUAGAUCCCCAGUCUCACAAAGCAGACAUUGAAGAACGACAGGGUGGGCUGAUCAAACGUUCCUACCGUUGGAUUCUUCAGCACGGACACUUCAAACAGUGGUACAAGGAAGACUACCCACUGCUCUGGCUGAACGGCGACCCAGUCUUGCGCGGCAUUAUCGGUUCCAUCAUUUUCCAGGACAGCAUGGCACUGUCUUAUGUCCGAAAGCGCUUCAAGGAGUUCAGUAAGCCGCUGUUGGACCCCAGGAUUGCCUGGCCAGUGCUGAAGAAGAUUUUGGUUGGUAUCUUGGGUGCAAACAAGGCUAAGAAGACCUACUUGAUCAUAGAUGCACUAGAUGAAUGCAGAGACGACCGGGACAAACUUCUGGACUUGAUUGCGAAUCAACCAUACAUGCCGCACGUCAAAUGGCUCGUUUCGAGUCGCAAGUGGUCAGAUAUCAAGGAGGCUCUGAGGAGAUGUCCCAGGUUACUUGGGUUAAGCUUGGAAGAUAACGAAGUGGCUGUCUCUACGGCAGUUGACUUAUAUAUUACACACAAAGUGGAAGACCUGUGCACUAUGAAGGAAUACGACAAGAACGAGAGAGUUGCUGUCGAGUCCCAUCUUCGAUCAAAAGCAAACAAUACCUUCCUCUGGGUGUCUCUUGUUUGCCAGAUGCUGAUACGCACCCCCGCGGAUCUAACGAUGAUGAUGCUGGAGAGCUUCCCAAGUGGACUCGAUGCACUAUACAGAAGAAUGUUGGAACAAAUUCAACCUUCUUCUGAGCAUGGAAUCGAUCCCAGCUUUGGCAAGCUGUAUGGGAAGAUUGUCUCGUUUGCGUUGAGUGCCUUCCGACCUCUUUCUCUAGAUGAGCUUUGCUAUCUGAUUGACGAUGAUAAGAUCACUGUCAGGAGAUUCCAGGGUAUCAUUGACUUGUGCGGAUCAUUCUUAACUGUCCAACAUCGAACCAUUCACUUCAUACAUGAAUCGGCAAAGGAAUACUUACUUGGCGAAAAAAGUGGCUUCAACUUCCAUCCGCAGCAUUAUCAUUUUUUGCUGUUUGCACAAUCCAUUCGCAACCUAUCACGGUCACUCCACCGAGAUAUGCUCGACCAGGAAUCUAAUCAGCCUCGACAAGCGCGAGAUGCUCUCAGUUCAUUUUCAUAUCAAUGCAUUCACUGGAUAUCUCACCUGUCUGAGUGCGAACCUUCUGCACGCACACAACAACUGAUGGAGGGUGGCCCUGUCGACAAAUUCCUACGUCAGAAGUUCUUAUUCUGGGUUGAAACUCUUGGCCAUCUCAAUUCCAUCUCGCUUGGAAUAAGCGAAAUGCUGAAGCUAUAUCGAAUUCUCCAUGACCAUAGUUCCCAUGUCAAAGACCUCGUGCAAGAUGAAUUGCGAUAUAUCCGCUACAACAGAUUUGGGAUUGAGCAGUGCCCUCUUCAGGUUUAUCCUUUACUGAACCUCAGUCCAAUCCAUUGCAUGACCAGGAAAAUAUAUGGGUCUCAGGCGCCAGACGCGUUUGCUUUGCAACAUGGUGUAAAUGAUGACUGGAGCCCUUGCAUAUUAGCCAUGGAGGGUCAUAAUGGCAUAGUGGAAUCCGUUGUAUUCUCUCACGACGGAUCUUUACUAGCUUCAGGUUCUUCUGAUAGCAAAGUUAUGAUAUGGGAUGUGUUAACAGGCACCUGCCUGCACACACUCUCAGGGCAUGAGAGUCAUGUUGUCGCAUUGGCUUUCUCCAACAAGAACUACGAACUCGCAUCAGGAUACCAGGAUCGCACCAUCAAAAUCUGGGAUGCCAAUAACGGCAUUUUAUUGCGAUCAUUCAAUUCACAUGGCGACAGAGUUUGCUCCUUGGCUUAUAGCAACAGUGGACGCGUCCUUGCUUUAGGGUCAUCUGGCUCAAUCAAGUUGUUUGACACACCGAGCGGUGUCUGCACAAAGACAAUAAAAAUUACCAAUAGUCGGUAUGGCCGUCGCUAUGGUUCCACCGAUUCCGUCGAUUCCAUCGUCUUCACUCAUGAUGACCAGAUCCUAUCAUGCGGAAUCAGUGAUACUGUGAUUAUCUGGGACUUGAGGAUCCAGGCCCACCCCUACGAAAUUCGACGGAAAAAAGACCUCUUUGUCUCUAGAUCGCUUGUCUCAUCACAAGCGAACGAGAUUUACUUCCUAUCUGCCUCAGGUGAUCCGGACACGUCGCCUCAUAUCCAUCAGAUCAGAGACUAUCAGGUCGAGAUCUGGAAUCCAGAUACUAAAGUCCAUAUCCGAUCAAUCAAAUACCCCGUGUUCGAUCCAUAUACCAGGCUAUUCCAAAUGGAUUCAGUUAUAUUCCCGGGUGAUGGAACGCUACAUGCCGUAAUUCAGUCGAACAAGGUCGGAUUCCUGAAUCAUUCCGUGCCGGAGUGGAAGCAACAAGUCAGAGGAGGGUCACUGACUGGUUCAAUCUCGCCAACAAGGGAUGUUCUGGCAGCAACAACUCAUUCUACGAUCAAACUCUGGGACUUGUUAAGCAUACCUUAUUGGGACCAUUCAUCACAGAGCAUUCAUCGCUCGCCAAACUUCUCCAAUGAUGGCUCUUUAAUUGCGGUGGGACUGGAAGAGGAGGGGGAAACAAAGAUGAUCAUCUGGAGAUCCUGUACUGGAGAUUACCUAUCCAGAUUCACACCCCACAGGGAUGAAUUCAUACUAAACUUCUCACCCGACGGUCAGAUGAUGGUACUGCGCUUCCCCCAUGAGAUCUAUGUAGGGCAAACGUCUGAAGCCGAUAUCAUGAACAGGUUCCCAUCUCCAUUUCCCAAUGACGAAAUUACUCUCACAUUCUCUCAUGACAGCCGCUGGCUUGCAAUCAUGCCAGUGCGAGGCAGCUCCAUCAGGAUCUGGGAUAUGGCUGCAAAACCAAUCAAGACCUCAUGUGCAAAACUCAGGUAUGGUUCUGCUGAGCGACGCAAGGGACUUUCAUUCUCUCAUAACUGUAAGACCCUUGCAGUAUACGACGGGAAAUAUGUCAAGUUGUAUGAGACCAAGACAUGGCUAUGCAAAUUGACAAUCCGCAACGCUGCUCGAGUCGCCCCCGGAUUCCACAAAGUCAUAUUUUCCUUUGACGACAAAUGGCUUGCAACUAUAUCAGAAUACAUUUUCCAGGAUAAGACUGAGCUGAGCAUUUGGAAUAUGAAAACGAUGACAAUUGUCACGAGAGUUUUAUAUCCGAGGUACUGGUUCACGGUUCUUGGUCUUGAUGUAUCAAGGUCGUUUCGACUAGAAACUGAUUUGGGCACGUUUCAAAUUGUCAAUAACUCAAUCCAGCAAGUUGCCUCACUGAAGUAUGCGAUAUCUGACGAUUUGCAAUGGAUACUGCAAGGUACUAAGCGUCUGUUAUGGUUGCCGCCCGACUUUCGGCCUUUAGUCUAG